CCCGCCUUUUCCGCUUAGCUAUCAAGUCUACGCAAUGAAUUCAACCUCAUCUCCAACAGCUCCACCCCCCUACGAAGCGGAAGGAAUAGACCUUCAAUGGAGGAUUAGAAAUGCCAAGUACCGCUCCGCGUUUGCCACGAACGGCCGGCCCGGAGUAGAGGACUAUCGAGCUCAUAUAGAAUGCAUGAAAGACUCAUUCCUUGAGUUCAGCCACGGUGUUGGCUCCCCGGCAGAGUACCAAUGUCUCGAUGCUCCCCAGGUUAUUGACGUACAAUACAGUCAAGCGUUCAGCAAUAUCGAACGACUUAUUUGCGAAUAUCAGGAAUCUCUACGCAAGAUCAAACCGCUGCAUGAAGAAGACGUUCUCUUCCUUCUACUUGGGCGCUUUUCCCAGUCCUCAGGCGCGAGCGUAUACAUGGAAGUUAGGAGGCCUGGAGAUGUACAGGUCUAUGAUUCGACCAUUUCUGAACCAAGUUAUACGGCAGCAAUGCAAGAACAUCUGGUCCAUGCAUCUGGCGUCAUCAAUGCCGAAUACUCCCUACCCCCGGCACGAGAACCGUCUCAAAUAGAUAGCCCACGAGGUAAUCCGUUGGAACAAACCUACUAUGUUCCAAUUCCACAAACGCCAUCUGAUACGGAGAUCGAGUGUUCGGUCACCAUGAAUUUUCCAGAAAUGGUACAUUCAAAUCCCCAUCAGCCCGAGUACACAGACCCCAGCGACACGCCGCCAAUGUACAUGGAUGUGCACAAUAAUUUAGUUGCACCUACUAAUGACUGGGCCGUGCUCCCGGAAAAGCUGCAGCCCCCAGUCUUCCGCGUGCACAGGUGCCAUCAUCGGUGUGUGGAACGUGGCGGCGAAGAUGACGCCUUUGAACUGCCAUUCGGGUUUCCCGAAGUCGUACACCAUAUAUACGAGGCUCCAGAGAACUUCUAUCAUACUGGGUUUUACGUUCAUAAUCUAUUUGGUCAUUCCCUGCCUUACACCGACGGCGGUGUCCAAGCAUUCGAAUGCCACAUACUGCCGAAUGAAACACGAGUAUUCAUCACAAUCGAGCGUAAAGGAGAUAUGCUAGUUUACAACUGCUUUCGGGAUGAGGAGGUAAGUCACGCUGAUACACUCGACUAUGGUACCAACACGAUAAGCAGGUCUGGGUCUCGUGCCAU